GCUCUCGCGAGGCUUGAGCAGGCCCGGCCGGAGUUUCUCGCGGUGUUUGUCCGAGCGGGGGGCCGGGGAGGCCUCGAUUAUCACGCGAGAGCAGGCGUCUCGCGAGAGUUGGCGGCUGCCCCCUUGGAAGCGGUGCCGUUUCGCUUUGGGAAGUGAGAGGGGAGGCGGCCCCGAGCGCGGGGCGGACAAAGCGGGUCGGGAGCUGGACACCCGCCGCACCGCGGCCGAGGGGGCGGGAGCCGGGGACCCUCCGCGUAGGGAGCCACUCAGGGAGCCGGGCCUAGGGGCCUGCUCAGAGGCCCAGGGGGCCCCAGCCCAGAGGACCCUCUGCCCAGGCCGGGGGGUCUGCUCCAGGGCCCAGCCCCCCUCUUCCCAAGGCCCCCCUCCUUGGGGCUUUCCAGGCCCUGCAGCUUCCUGCCCAGGGGCCCUGUGAGGUCAAGCCCCCUCCCCCACCCACCCAGCCCGGGGCCUGAUCCAAAGAGCUGCACCCCAUGAAGGCGGGAGAGAGCUAGAACGAGGGAGGAAAGGCAAAGGGGGAAAGUGGCUGUGAAUGGUGGGAGGAGGAAGAGGAGAGAGGCCUAUAGAGGGGGGGUGACUGGGCUUUAAAGUUUGGGGUUUUUGGAGGAUUCCCCCCUCCCCUCUUCCAAGCACAGUGGAGAAGGAAUGCCAAAUCCAGAGAGACAUGGGGGCAAGAAGGAUGGAGGAGGAGGGGGGUCCUUGCAGCAGCAGACAUCCAGCAGUGGCAGUUCGAACAGCAAGGAGAGGCACCGGCUGGUCUCCAGACACAAGAGGCACAGGUCCAAGCACUCCAAAGAUUCACCGCUGGUGGCUCAAGAGACAACAGCACCACUGGGUGCAAUGAUCAAGCCGCUGGUGGAGUAUGAUGACAUCAGCUCCGACUCGGACACCUUCUCAGAUGAUGUGGCCCUCAAGCUGGAAAGAAGGGAGAAUGACGAGAGGAAAGGGAGUUCAGACAGGAGCGACAGGUUGCACAAACACCGGCACCACCAGCACAAACGUGUUCGGGAGCUGAUCAGAAGUAAGCAGGUGGAAAAGGAGAAGAAGCUGGAAAGGAAUCAGGAGGUGUCCAGCAAGUCAGGGUUCCCCAAGGAGCGGGUGUCAGGGACUUCCAAGAGACUCAAUGAGGAGAAUGAGGAACACUUUAAGUCACAGCCAUCAAGAAGCAGCAACAAAGAGUCCAGGUCAUCCAAAGCACACAAGGAGAAGUCCAGAAAAGAGCGGGAGCUGAAGUCUGGGCACAAAGACCGCAGUAAAAGCCAUCGGAAAAGAGACACCCUGAAAAGCUACAAAGCAACUGACAGUCCAAAACGGAAAUCCAGGAGUCCCCAUAGGAAAUGGGCUGAGAGCCCCAAACAGGAUGACAGCCCCUCAGGAGCGUCCUACACCCAAGAAUACGAUAUCAGCCCUCCACGGUCGCAUACAUCCAGCAACUAUGACUCCUACAAGAAGAGCCCCGGUGGCUCAUCACGCAGGCAGUCGGUCAGCCCACCCUACAAGGAACCUGUAGCGUACCAGUCCAACACUCGGUCUCCUAGUCCUUACAGUAGGAGACAGAGGUCCGUCAGCCCGUACAACAGGAGGCGCUCAUCCAGUUAUGAGAGGGGAAGUGGGUCGUACAGUGGGAGGUCACCUAGCCCAUACAGCCGAAGGCGCUCGAGCAGUCCUUUUGUUGCCAAGCGAUCAGUGAGCCGAAGUCCAGUACCCAGGAAGUCUGUGAAGUCCCGAAGUCGAAGUCCUGUAUAUUCAAGACACUCAUCAUCUCACAAUAAAAAGCAGAGGUCUGGUUCACAUAGUCGCCAUUCCAGUAUAUCGCCUGCUAGGCUACCAUUAAACUCCAGCCUGGGAGCAGAGCUUAGCAGGAAAAAGAAGGAGCGAGCUGCAGCAGCGGCAGCAGCAGCAAAGGUGGAUGGAAAGGAGGCAAAGAACUCGCCUGUUUUUCUGUCUAUAAAAGAGAACAGCUCAUCUGAGGGUAAGGAGACAGGGACGGAGUCUAAAAAAGUACCCAAAACCAUUAAAUCUGAUAAAUCAGCCUCCGACACGGAACUGGUUAAUUUAAUACACGUGAAUGCAGAGAUUAAAACACCUCUGGAGCCAGUAAAAACCAAGAUAGAUGAGAACUCUGAGAAGAAACAUGCAACUCCAGUUAAAGACUCAAAAACGAUGGGAACAAAAGAGUCGAAGUCUGUAGUAGUGAAAGAGGAGAUUGUAACUCCAAAAGAGACAGAGACAACAGAGAAGGAGAACCCACCCCCACUGCCCUCAAUAAAAUCACCUCCUCCACCUCUACCAACAACUACGCCACCGCCUCAGACUCCCCCGUUGCCUCCUUUGCCUCCAUCACCAGUUGUUCCGUCUCUACCGCUUUCCCAGCUGACUUCUGUUCAGGUCCCUACUUCAGUCCCAGCCUCUUUGCCAUCUUCUUCCCACUCAAGAACAUCUGCUUUGUCCACUCAGGCAAACUCUCAGCCCUCUGUCCAGGUCUCUACAAAACCACAAGUGUCUGUGACGGCUGCUAUCCCACACCUGAAGACUUCAACGCUGCCUCCACUCCCGCUCCCACCUAUUCUGCUCGGGGAAGAUGACUUGGAUAGUCCAAAGGAGAUUCUUCCUCCAAAAGUUGUGAAGAAAGAGAGAGAGCAGAGACCACGACACUUGCUCAUGGACCUCCCACUUCCUCCAGAGCUUCCUGGAGGGGAUCCAUCUCCCCCGGAGUCUCCAGAACCAAAGGCAGCCACACCACCUCAGCAACCAUUCAAAAAGCGACCAAAAAUCUGUUGUCCUCGUUACGGCGAGAGGAGACAGACAGAAAGCGACUGGGGGAAGCGCUGCGUGGAUAAAUUUGAUAUCAUUGGGAUUAUUGGAGAGGGAACAUAUGGGCAAGUGUACAAAGCCAAGGACAAGGAUACAGGUGAACUGGUGGCUUUAAAGAAAGUGCGAUUGGACAAUGAGAAGGAAGGCUUCCCCAUAACGGCCAUCCGCGAGAUUAAAAUCCUUCGGCAGUUGAUCCAUCGCAGUGUUGUUAACAUGAAGGAAAUUGUUACAGACAAACAAGAUGCACUGGACUUCAAGAAGGACAAAGGUGCCUUUUACCUUGUGUUUGAAUACAUGGACCAUGACCUCAUGGGGCUGCUAGAAUCAGGCUUGGUGCAUUUCUCAGAGGACCAUAUCAAGUCUUUCAUGAAACAGUUGAUGGAGGGGCUGGAUUAUUGUCACAAAAAGAACUUCCUUCAUCGAGACAUUAAAUGUUCCAACAUCCUACUAAACAACAGUGGGCAGAUCAAACUUGCAGAUUUUGGACUUGCCCGACUGUACAGCUCUGAAGAGAGCCGUCCAUACACAAAUAAAGUCAUUACAUUAUGGUAUCGACCUCCAGAAUUGCUGCUAGGCGAGGAGCGUUACACACCAGCCAUAGAUGUGUGGAGCUGUGGUUGUAUCCUCGGGGAACUGUUUACAAAGAAGCCUAUUUUUCAAGCCAAUCUGGAACUGGCUCAGCUUGAAUUAAUCAGCCGGCUCUGCGGGAGCCCCUGCCCAGCUGUGUGGCCAGACGUCAUCAAGUUGCCCUACUUUAACACUAUGAAACCGAAGAAGCAAUACCGAAGGCGUCUGCGGGAGGAGUUCUCUUUCAUUCCUUCAGCUGCUCUUGAUCUGCUGGACCACAUGCUGACCCUGGACCCCGGCAAACGUUGCACAGCAGAACAGGCCUUGCAGAGUGAUUUCCUUAAGGACGUGGACCUCGGCAAGAUGGCUCCUCCAGACCUUCCUCACUGGCAGGAUUGCCACGAGCUGUGGAGCAAGAAACGCCGACGACAACGGCAAAGUGGGAUCACAGUGGAGGAACCUCCGGCGUCUAAAGUUUCUCGGAAAGAACCUACCUCUGUAACGAGCACAGAUGCUGUGAAGAACAGCAGCAGCCCGGCACACCCGCAGCCUGCCCCACUCAAAAUAGAGCCUGGUGCUGGAGAUGCAAUAGGCCUUGGAGACAUCACGCAGCAGCUGAAUCAAAGCGAACUGGCUGUUUUACUGAACUUGCUGCAGAGCCAGACGGAUCUCAGUGUCCCACAGAUGGCCCAGCUGUUGAAUGUACACUCUAACCCAGAGAUGCAGCAGCAGCUGGAAGCUCUCAACCAGUCCAUCAGUGCUCUGACAGAAGUCACAACUCAGCAACAGGACUCUCAGAAAGUGGCCCUGGAGGAGGCCAUCGAAGAAGAGCCGCCCACAGAGGUCCAGCCGCCAGAGGAGCAGGCAACCCCGGAAGCGGCUAGCACUCAGGGAGAUAUGCAGAACAUGCUGGCUGUUCUGCUGAGUCAGCUGAUGAAGACCCAGGAACCUGCUGUAAACCUGGAGGAAAGCAACGGGGAAAAGAGCAGUGAGCAACGUGGGCCAAGGAAAACCCCUACCACGCAUCAGGAGGAAAGCACAGCAUGUCCUCCUCGCAUUCUCCCACCAGAGAAGAGACCCCCUGAGCCCCCUGGACCACCACCACCACCGCCACCUCCUCUGUCUGAAGGAGAUCUCUCCAGUGCAGCACAGGACUUGAACCCAGCCGUGACGGCUGCUCUGCUGCAGCUUUUUUCUCAGCAAGAGGCGGAGCCGCUAAGCCACUCGACGCCCGAUCAUCAAGCCUUGAGAUCUGCGGAUUACGUCAGAUCGCAGCCAUCCAGGACUUACGGCACAGAGGGGUCUGAGGGGGGAUUCAGUGCUGACGAGCGGAGUGCUGGUCAAACUUUAACAGAACCCUCUGCCCAGACUCUGGGGAAAAGCAGGACCUUUUUGGGCUCUGUGAGCCACCAUGGGGAGGCGAGCAAUUACCAGGGCACAGGAUCUGUCCAGUUUCCAGGGGACCAGGACCUCCGUUUCACCAGAGUCCCCUUAGCGUUACAUUCGGUUAUUGGGCAGUCCUUUGUAAAAGCUGAGGGGAGCAACAACACACUGGUACACCCAGAGGCCAAAAUUCAAAACUACAGCGAGCUGGGGCCAGGGACUGCUAGCUCAAGCGGGACAGGAACGGGUCAGAACUGGGGCGUUUAUGGAAAGGCCUAUCGUGGGCCUAGUAGAGUGCCUCCAAGAGGGGGAAGGGGGAGAGGGGUUCCUUAUUAAGAGACUUGAGUUUUGUGAUGAUCUCCUUCCCUCCCUUGCCUCUCAACCUUUAGUGAAAUGAAUUUUUUUUUUAUUUUUUUUUUUGCCAGAGCGAGGUAUUGUCUGCAUUUCGGCUACUGCAGUGCUCUAUGUUGUAUUCCUUGUCGCUAGGCCGCUAGCUGGUGCCCUCCAAAAUACUGUAAGAGUUCUGACUGGGCAUUUUGCUAGCCAAACUUCUCACUUGGUUAGUGACAAUAAUGGUGAGUUUUCUGCCUUAGGCUGCAGAUGGUGGAGAAUUGUUUAAAAAAGGAGGAAAAAAUGGAAAAAGAAAAUAAAAAUGUUUUACUUGCCUGGCACUCGGGCUUCUCAGAAAGAGAACCACCUUGGUGUUCAGGCAGGACUCAGAGAGGGUCUGUUUCCCAAGGCAAAUUUUUUUUUCCAGUCUUUUUUUAUUUAAAGUAUUCAUGGAAUGGUGCCUAGAUCACCUAGACUGGAUUUGGAGAACCGGGAUAUGGCACUGGUUUGUAUUACGAAUUUUUAUUUAGCAUCCCUACUUUCCACUAAGCUGCGGGGCACCCCCUCACUCCCCUCUUUCUUUUCAGGUCAGAUCAUCUCUCCAAGUUUUACACUUGGGAGAUCACAGGCUCAGUCUCGCUCCCUCCCAGAUCCUAGGUUGUGUGUUUUGAUGGCAGCCGUAGUGCACUGGCUUUUGAAAGGGCUCUUUGGGGUUUUUUUUUAAUUAUUAUUAUUCCUCCAUACAUUUGCAGUGGAAAUGGUCUUUUUAGAAGCUCAGGAGCCUAAGAGAACUCCUAACUUUAAAACAACAGCAAGAAAAAACCUUUGUAAUACUUCAAUUCUAAAACAUUUUAAGAUUUAAAGCAGAAAUUUUCUGGUGGGGAAACUUUGCCAGCUGGGAGUAUCUUUUUUUGUAAAUGUCAGUCAUGCUGUCAGGGCUGGCGGUGUGCGUGUCUGCUGUUUUAAACCAGGCUGGCAGCGUUUGAGUACUUCGAGGGUUAAUGUAUCAUUUCUAUAUACAUAUAUAUUUUUGGUGUGGUCAAGAAAGUAUUUACAAUGGAUUUUCUUCUCCUGCAGAAGAUUGCAAUGUUGUCCAUUUCAGGAAGGCUUCAAAACAAAACAAAUUAAUAAAACAAGAAUACACAUUUUGGGGCUUUUUCUUCCAAGUGGGCUUUUCUGAAGGAAAACAGACAUCUAGUCUUUUAAUUUUUAAAAUGACAGUGUUGAUGUGUAAAAUCGAUCAGAAUCUGUAUGGCCGUGAGACCUUCUGAUCAGUGCAAAAGGAUUUCUUUCCUUGUUUUUAAAAAUAAAAACCACACCCUCCCCCCAGCAGGUGGUGCAUCGUGACCUGCAGGGAGAAAAUCUGCCUUAUAAACACAGACAAGUGACUGUAGGGAAAAGCUUUCAAGAGGCAAGUGGAAGAAGGAGAGAGAAUCUAUGUUCUCCUGUAAUAUAUACGAGUCCAUUUGUGAGACUGAAAAAGCAAAUCCUUAUAUUGUCGGUUCAGCAAAGACUAGUAACGCAGUUUGCAAAAUUCCAAAUGUAAAUUUGUGGAUUUUUUUCCAAUUGCCAGUUCAUGCCUAUUGUGCAAAAAUAGUACUGUAAAAAUGCAGAGUGCACUAAAUAAAACAGAAUAACUUCUCCAGACAUUUUAUUUAAAUAUAUAUUUAUAAAUAUUUUUCUUUUCAACAUGCAGUUGUCAGACAUUCUGGCACAUUUUUAGUUGUCCUGGCUCUUCCUCCCAAGCCUGUUUGAAUUUUGGAAGAAUUGUGUUACAGUCCUGAGUCUGUGCAGGAAGCAGAUGCAUCCUUCUCUUUUAUUUUUUAUUUCCUUUGCACUUUUGUUACCAGUUUUCAUCCAUAGAUUUGUCCACCUCACCAGAAAGUUGUGUUCUUUGGGGAAGGAGGGAAAUCGACUUGAAUUCCUCUGAUGUGGCCCCAUCUAUGUGCUAUUCGCUUUCUAACAGAACUUAAUUCCAGGAGUUCUAGUCCAGAACCUCAGUCUUGUGAGCUGCUCCGUGUGACCAGACCUGUAUUGACUUUAUUUGAGCUCCUCAGUCUGUCUGUGGGGUAACUCUCAAGAUACGAGGGCAUUAUCUGUCUUGGCUUUUGUAGUGAAACCUGGCUCCAAAGGCCCUGAAAAGAAGCAAUGCUGUGAACCCCAAUUUGGCCUGCCAGCUUCCCCACAAGUGUGAAUAAAGAGAACAGCCAUUCACGCUGUUUCUAUACACGUAUUUGUGUUACAUGCCAUCAAAUGCUAUUACAUCGAUUUUGUUUCUUUGAUUGCAUCAGUCAAUAAUAAAUUAUGCAGGAUGCCUUAAAAACAUGCUGGGGAGCCCAAAGGCAGUGGUAACGUGAAAGUGGAUUUUCAUUCCCCUUUCAAGUCUGAAUCUAAAAACUAGACAAAAUCAGAAUUUUUGUUUUUGUUUUUAAGUUUAAACACCCUCCCGUGCCCCAUAUGCACCUGAUAUUCAACCUUAUCCAGCACCCUUCUAUUUCAGUGAGCUUUGGGUCAUACCUUUGAAUACCAGGGGAUUUUGGUGGGAGGGGAAAUGGUAUUUGCUGUUCACCUGUUAUCCUUUUAAACACGCUGAGCAAAGUUAUGCAGAAUUAAAUCUCUCAUAGUUAGAAUGAGAGUGGGGGAAAGUCACUGAGCUCCACCCUAAAUGUGUUACUUAAGUGCACCACGAAGACAUUAAUUCCAUUGCACAGGUGACUCUAGAACAGAUGAGAGAAAGUGGCUCCAUUUCUGAUGAAGGGAGCAUGUAGAUGGAAGGGGCACAAGCCUCUACUUUGUAUUUAUGAUCCUGGGGAAGGAGGGUGGUGGCAGCUGUUUGUUUUCUCCCUUUCAUUAGCCGUAGCUGAAUUUAUCCUGAGGGGCUCUGUACGUAGAAGACUAAAAGAAAAAACAAAUUGUAUGUGAUUAUAAGCUGGUGGUACAGGUUACAGGCAACUCAUUAGAUUAUUCACCCCUCCUUUUUUUUUUUUUCUUAAUGUUAGAUCAUCUUUGGGUUUAACACCAAUGUCAAAAAGCUGUAGCCACUGUGUUCCCCAGCAGAGAAGUCUCAUACCAACACCUGAUUGUACCUCUCCUGAGUUUCAUUUUGAGACUGAGCGCGCCUUUUUUUGGUUGUACUUUUGUCUCUGUACAGAUAUUUUGUAAUAUAUUAAUUUUUUUCUUUUCAGUUUAUAAAAAUGGAAAGUGGAGAUUGGAAAAUUAAAUAUUUCCUGUU